AUGGUCAACCUUGCUCGGGUAUCGACUACACUAGCUAAGCAUUCAAAACAGGCAUAUCAUAUUGGUGGUCAACGUGAAUACGAUGGUUUUAUGGCCCAUGUUUCAGGACGUGCGAACGUUGCACAGCAACAGAGAGCUCACGAACAGUUUACUGAGUUUGGGCUAGCACUGAGUAAGCUGCGGGGUCAGUUAUAUGAUGGAGCUGGAAACAUGGCUGGACGCUUGAACGGUACUGCUGCAGUAAUUUGUAGGAACCACCCCAAGGACAUUUACGACCAUUGUUUGUCACAUGCACUAAACCUUGCUAUUGUUAGCUGCUUGAAUGUGCAGCAGGUGAAGAACAUGUGGUGUGUCUUGAAAGAAGUUGGCCUCUUUGUCAGCAAUUCACCCAAGCAGCAGUCAGCAUUGGAAGUUCAGAUAGAUACUCUGCCUUUUGUUAGCUGCAACAGAAGAAAGCUAGUCGAUCUAUGUCGCACCAGAUGGAUGGCACGGCGGUCUGCUUUGGUUGCAUUUGCUGAUUUAUAUGUUCCAGUAGUAGCAUCCCUGGAAGAGGUGAGUCAAGGUAGACACUGGAGUCCUGAUUCAGCUGGAGCAGCUUUCACACUUCUAUUCUCCAUCACUCAGUUUUGUUUUAUAUGCGCAUUUUGUAUUUCUAAACAAGUUCCUGAAUACGUUCAUGGUCUCACCACACCCCUGCAAAAGACAAACAAAGACAUUUGUAAUGCAUAUCAAGAAGUGAAAACUUUGACAGAGACAUUGCACAGAGUUCGUGAGGACAUUGACAUCUAUCAUGGACAAUGA